AUGCGAUCGUGUUGCAGGCAGAUUCACGAGCAGAGGAGAUGCGGAAACACAUUGCAACCGAAUUCGCUGACUAUUACGUCGAGGCAGAAAAAAGGCGGAACGGGCGCCUGGGUUAUCGCGCAGUCAAGCAUGAUCGUUCUGAAGGGCGCACACGUCGAAGUAAGAAACAUGCAUGAGCUAUGUCGCGAACUUCGUCCGGGAGCCGGCGCCGGUACCCAUACCAUCUUUCGCUCAUUUGCGCAGCUUCUCAACUUCAUGAUCUUCAAUGGCUAUGAAUGCUUGAGCAGCAACCCUGUUGAUUGUCAGAAUGCUGGAAGAGUUCUGAUGAGAAUUCGAGUUCCGCGCGCAUUCUUGCAGGCCAAUCCGACUGCGCUGUCCUGA